CGGUUACUUCCGUGUUCAGCUCGUCUGAUUCUGCGCAUGCGCAGACGUGAUCGCGUGUCCUUCGGCUUUUGCGGUCGGAUGAGUUUCUGUUCCUCAUUCCAGGUUCGUCUGCCAUCUUCCAUCCUCAUGACUCGUAUCUUCGUCUAUGGCACCCUGAAGAAGGGGCAGCCCAACUACUACCGCAUGCUGGACCCCGCCAACGGGAAGGCGGAGUACCUCGGCUCAGCGCUCACCACCGAGAAGUUCCCGCUCGUGAUCACCAGCAAGUACAACAUCCCCUUCCUCCUCAACAUCCCCGGCCAGGGCCACAGGGUCCACGGCGAGGUCUACAGAGUGGACGACCAGAUGCUGAAGUUCCUGGACGACUUCGAAAGCGUCCCCACCUGGUACCAGCGGAACGUGGUGCAGCUGGAGGUGAAGGAGUGGGUGGGGAAGCCGGACGGAGGGGAGGCGGCGCCGUCACCGGGAAGCAUCACGGAGGCGUUUAUCUACAACACGACGUCGUACCAGUCAGAGUGGAAGGCGCUGCGAUGCUUCGAGAGCUACGACGCAAAUGGAGAUCACGGCCUGAAGUACGUGUACAGAGAAGAGCGAGACUGAUGGAGCGGUCCUGUUCUGGAAUCUACCUAGAGCCUCCAUUUACCAAGAAAGCACACUUCUGGUCCAUGUAGAGAUCCUCUGGAAGUCCUCAAGUAUUGUACAGGAUCCAGAAUUGAUUGUAAUUGGAAGCAUUACAGUCAAACUAAAGAGCUUUUAUUUUUGUGUAAAUCCUACAAUAUGAGCUGUAUCUACAGAAAUAUUAACUUAGAAUACUAUAGUUUAUACUGAUAUCAGAGCCAACUGUCUGUGUAACAGGUAAACAUAUGUACUGAUGCUAAUUAUAUGAAUCUUGGGUGCUUGUUAUAGUGUUGAUAUGAAGAUGAGGACUUUUAUUUUGAAAAACUGUUUAAAUGUCACUUUUUGAUACAGUGAUACCUCCACUACGUCUUUUUCUUCAGCUCUGGGUCUUUUUUUACUCUCAAAAUAUGAAUUACGAGCUUCUGUGACCCCUCCACGCACACCUAAACACAAAGACUCUUCCAUCAUUAAUCGAUGCAAAAAAGACACAAAAAGUGGCGCAGAAAAACUGCACAAACGUAGAAAAUGCAGUCGUAGCCAAGUGAAUUGAAAAUUGUACACUAGAUAAUAAUUCUAAUGCCACACCUACUAUCAGAUCAGCCUUGUGUUAACUUGUUUCGGAUCACAAUUUAAAUUCUGUCACUGAAUCAUCCGUAGCCUGUUUGACAACAUUCAUUCCCAGCGUUAAUGCAUGCGACUGUUUUUUUAUUGGACUCAGAUGGAGAGAUGCCUCUGUGUUUAUGAGCAAAGCAUUCCAGAUUGUUCCUGUAAAACCAAAUAAAAACUUUGGGAACUUUU